GGGAUGGCCGAGUGUGCUCGGCUUUACGAUGCCCAAGACGUCUUCCUCAUGAUGCAUUUCAAAUCAACCACCAGCAUUGAUCUGCUCGGGGAUCCCAAACUCUGGGCACAACAUGCAUUACAGCUCGCAUUCCAGCACAACUUUCUCAUGCAUGCCGUACUCGCCCUUGCCGCCCGCCAUCUCCAGGACGCACCUCAAUUGUCUGGGGGACAUCCACCUUACGACUACAAGAUCCGCGAAGCACAUCACCUCCAGAAGACGCUUUCAACCUUCAGCCAUGCGUUCAACAACCGCAUCCAUCCAAACCAAGACGCUGUGCUAGCCACAUCUUUUCUCCUUUUCUUCCAUAUGUCCUCGAUUAUCGAUGUCAACCCGUCCACGACACAUCCCUGUGAGGACACGUCCUUCACCUUCCUGCGUGGCAUUCAGGCAGUCGUUGCUGAUGGGUCUCAUGUCGCUCACAGUGGUCGUUACAAGUCACUCGUUGCACCCCCUGCUCAUUCACCAGUCAUCAUUCCACGAACCAAGGCAAGCCCCGGGCCUGUUGCGCUCUUCGCUCACCUUAUCCACAACCUACCCCCUCUGUCUCCAUUUCUACAGAAAAGAGAGACUUAUAUCGAGCGCUUCGAGUCUCUCAUGCCACAUCUGUCUGCGUCUACAGCGCAAGAUCUCGACGAUGAACCUCUUGAAGAACUACUGUUGUCCCUUCUGAGAUGGCAGGCUUUGUGUCCUUCCUUGUUCAUUGAUAUGAUCAAAGCGCAUGAUUGCAUCGCUUUGGUGAUCUUGGCACAUUUCUAUGCGGCAAUUGGAUUCAUAGUGUCUCAGGUUAAAAACAGGUGGUGGUGGUUCCAGAGGAAACCUCAUCGUAUGGUGGAAAAUAUUGCAGAACACGUUGGUCCUGCUUGGGAUAUAUGGUUACAAUGGCCACGCGCAGUCGUGCAAGGAUAUCAGGGAAACACCACCAUGUAG